AUGGAAAUAUCGAGCCAAUUGCCAACUAAUGAAAUCACAAGUGACGGUAAUGAUAAAGAUGAUGAUGAUAAUAAUAAGAGUGAGAAUACCUAUAGAGCACUUUGGUGGUUAAUGAUUGGUAUAAUUAAAGCAAAAGACAACAGAAAAUUGUCAACCACUUGUUGUAAAAUGAAUAAUAAGAAAGAAAGAUGUCUCAGUUGA